GUCAUGCCGUGACCGCGCCGUAGCAUCAGCGUUUCUGCCACAUAAUGUUUCUAUGUACUACUAUUAAAUAAAUUCAUUGUUUUUACAAGUGAAAUUUUGACCUACAUAAAUUCAUUGUCAUUGUUUCGGUUGUUUUGUCAAUUAAAUUAAACUUUAAGUGCCAGUUAAGUGUCCUGUGGAUGUGAAAGUUUUAGUCUUCAAUCGAAAUAGCACAUAAACAUUGCGUACAACUAUCGUCUUAACAAUUGAUAUUUUAAUGGCUCAAUGGAAGUGUUGUGAUUGAUUUUGUGUUUUGAUUUGAAUAUGUACGAAACUUUAAUCGUUAUUAUUCGUGGUUGAUUUUGUUUUCGAGUAAAAAUUAAUGAAAAAUAUAUGGGGCAUUCUUUUAGCUGACAUAAAAUACUUAUAAAGUGGACGUUCAAGCCGGAUACAGUUGUCGACAUGUAUGCCACUGUCCGAGUGUGCGGCGAUUUCACCAAAGUCACGCACGUCUGAGCUGCCAGCCUAUUCAGUCGGUGUUCGCCAUUGAUUGAUCCAGUUAUAAGAUUCUUGGUUUUGCCGAUGGCUACUAUAGUGUGAUGUCGUAGAUUAGCGCGGCGUGGUAGUGAAAGUAAGCGCGAUGCGGGGGACGCUCAGCUGAGCGAAGUGACGUCGCGCGUGACGUUCUCGGAUAUGGGCCAUGUGGAGAAUAUGCGGCGUCAGUAAGGCAGAGCCCGUACUGUUUGCUGAUAACGUAGAUAAUGAUUAUCAGCCAACAUGGCGGUUGUGGGGGGAAGAGCGCGUGGACGGCGCCAUCUACACCGUUUAUCUGAAGAAAGUGCGUUACCAUCGACCUACCAAAAGUGCUUCAAGUGAGUCUGACGACGAGAUCUCACAUUUAGAGUGGGAAACCGUACGUGUACGGUUCGUAAAAGCCGGCACAGUCGAGCGGCUAGUGGAGGCGCUCGCUACCGACGACGGCGAACUCGAGUCCACAUACGUCAAUGUGUUCCUCGCGACAUACCGGUCAUUCGCGGAAUGCAGUCAUGUUCUGGAUCUCCUGCUGCGACGGUAUGAAACCCUUGCCGCUGAGGACAUACUUCCCGCUGCGACUGACACAUCACAACAACACCGAAAGACUCUUGUAGCGUGUCUCCACGUGUGGUUGGACACAUAUCCGGAGGACUUUCGGCAGCCGCCGCACCAUCCCGCACUGCAACAGCUGCUCGCCUUCACGCAACUUCAUUUACCCGGAUCAGAAUUACACUCGAAGGUAUUACAGAAGCUAGCCAUAUUCAGUGCAGAACGAAAUGGAGGUGUGCAGAUGUCUGGAGGGGGCGCCGUGUGCCUUGCGCCUGGCAUGCGCCUCUCCGCACAUCUCACCAGCGCUUACCGCCUGCCACACGUUCCCCAUCGACACUUCGCCGAACAACUUACCAGGAUGGACAUGGAGCUGUUCAAGAAGCUCGUGCCCCACCAGUGCCUCGGAGCCGUCUGGUCACGUAGAGAUAAGGACCGUUCCCACGACGCGGCCACUGUCCUCGCAACCGUCAACCAGUUCAAUGCGGUAUCGUUCCGCGUCAUUUCGACGGUACUCGUGGAGCUCAACUUGAAGCCGGCCGAGCGUGCCGAUAUUCUUGCUGCCUGGCUUGAUAUAGCUCGCGAACUGAGAGUUCUUAAAAACUUUUCAUCGCUCAAAGCGAUUAUCUCAGGGUUGCAGAGCAAUCCGGUUUAUAGACUGAGAAAAACGUGGGCGACUUUACAAAAAGAAAAAGCUGAGCUUUACGAUGAACUAGCCCGAAUUUUCAGUGAAGACAAUAACAGAUGGGCUCAGAGAGAGUUGCUGAUGCGUGAAGGUACUGCUAAAUUUGCAGACACUGUGGGAGAAAACGACCGUCAAUUACAAAAACUUUUCCACGAGCGCGGCUCACCGGGUGUCAGCCACGGGACCAUUCCAUAUCUCGGCACGUUUUUGACCGAUCUCACAAUGAUAGAUACUGCCAUUCCGGAUACAGUAACCGACGGUUUGAUUAAUUUUGAUAAGAAACGUAAAGAAUUCGAAGUGCUGGCUCAGAUCAAAUUACUGCAAGGAGCUGCCAACGCCUACCAUUUACCCUCCGAUCCGAUGUUUGACCGGUGGUUUGAUUCGGUUAUUGUGCUUGAUGACAGGGAAGCAUAUCAGUUAUCUUGUCAAAUUGAGCCACCGACGAACCCACCCAAAGAGAGACGACCAAAGAAGAUAAACGACGCCAACGUUCAAAGUCAUAGGAAAAACGACUCGAUCGCCAGCACGAGUUCUAGUAAUAGUUCACAAUUCUUUUGCGAAACCGAUGGAACUACUACCGCUUGGAAGAGAGAUAGUCUUGAAAGGCGAAUCUCUCCGACGAGGCUGUCACACGGUUCUUCGUCUUCAUCGCUACCGUCUCUGGAUGUCUCAUUGUCCAGUGCUAACAGUGGACAGAAGCCAAACGGCAAAGCUGGGGGCAGUCCUGCACAUCCGGGUGUUCGAAGUGGCCCAGACUUUUAUAUAAUACGAGUGACAUACGAGUCGGAUUGUGCAGAAACCGAAGGCGUUGUGUUGUACAAGUCCAUUAUGUUAAGUAACAAUGAACGCACGCCUCAAGUAAUUCGGAACGCAAUGCUCAAACUCAAUCUUGAUGGGGAUCCCGAUUCUUAUACCUUGGCUCAAGUAUUACCCGAACGAGAGAUGUUGCUCCCAUCGAAUGCAAAUGUCUACUACGCUGUUAAUACCGCUUAUAAUUUGAAUUUCAUUUUACGGCCUCGCAAGAACCAGCAGCAAGAGCCAGUGGUUAAUGGGAAGUCGAAAGGGAAACGAAACUAACUGAACACUCUUCAGUGAUCCAUUAUUUCUACUUUAGUGUAAAUAAAGUUAAAAAAGUGACCAAAUUUUUACUUGCUUUUGCUAAUUCAUUUAAUUCAGCGUCGUUUUUGUUAAUAUCCUUUAUUAUUGUUUUGUGUCGUGUCAAAAAAGAAUCUUAUCUGAUUUAUCGAAUGGUUUCAUCGACAAAUUCAAACUGAUGUUUCUCUAUUACUUCCAUGAUGUUAUGUAUGUGUAAAUUUGUUUCAUGCCACCUCUAGAUCGUAGUUUUGUCUUGUGAAAAUAUUGUUCGUGUAUAGUUGUUAAAUUUGUUGUGUAUAUACUGAGAAUACUGUAGAUAAGAAUCUCAUUUUUGUUUAAUAGUAAUGAAUUGCAACAAACUACGUCUUGGCAAAUACUGUAAGAAUGUACUGGAUGGAUACUUAACUUAAAAGGUAUUAUUUGGUCAGAGGUCAGAAUUAAGUUACGAGUAAUUUUUAUUUUUGAAGUUUUUUUUUUAAAUUGUAGACUUCAUUCAACAUAUACAUUUGGUUUUAUUUAAUGCAAUUAAUUGUUUUGUAUUUAUUAAAAUUUCUGAAAUAUUAAAUUUUACGGGGUCACAGAUAUACGUCAUGAAGUGAUGAGGGUUGUUGCAGUUCUCUAUUUUUGUGUGUAAUAAUUAUUAAAUAAUACUAAGCCAAAGGCAAAUAAAGUCUAAGAGUAAGGUGCUGUCCUUUUAUUGUACCUUAAAUGUUUUAGAAGCUUUACAUAAAACCGAAUUUUUAUCUAUGUACUUUUAUACGCAUAACAUCAAAUAAAGUUCAUUUUGUAUUGUACAUUCGAAAGGACAUUUUUUUAAAUUAAACCAAAACCUCAAAGUAUCAGACGUAAUUGAAAUUAGACUUUAGCCAGGCAUAAAAACCUAACCGGUUCAGCCUCACUGUACUUGUGCCAUUAACAAAUUUCUACAAUUAAAAUAAAACAAACACUUGUAAAAAAUACGAAAUGUUCAGAAUAUGGGAUAGAGAUCUUUUGAAUAUUAUACAAAUCUACUAUACAAAUGUGCCUAUUAUGAUUUUUUAAUAAAUUUAUAAAUAAUGUUUGUAACAUAUUUCAAGAUCCAAUAUGUUUCCUAUCUCGCUAAAAUGUUCGACAUAAAUUAUGUUAGUUGUCUGUAAAUAGUUCAAUACUUUAGUGGAGUUGUAGUUUACCACCAGUGUUUGUGUAAUAUGUUCGUCUAAUAAAAUUUUAAUAAUACAUUUGCA